GGUUAGGGUUAUUAGAACACAGUCACAACCCUGCUCAUAACCUACAUAUCUGAGUGCUAUACUGUUAUUCCCUUUGCAUAAAAUCUAUAGGAUAUAGACACAUAUAAGCUCAAGUAUAUACUCAGAGUGUAUGCAUCCUGGAGCUCUUCUGACUGAGGGGCCAUAAAUACACUGCAACUGUGAGGCACAGCGACUCCCAUUUGAACCGCGAGACUCAUUCCAACCUUAUCAGUGUCAUCUUGGCCCCUUCGAAUCCCUUCUAAAGUACUGGCUAUUCACAACUGUAGCUUGUGCCAUGUCAAAGACCGUCUCGCCCACACCGAGAAACCGGUCGACGACGGACCUCAUGGUUGGAUCGGUGAUACUGUCGGUUUGAGGCGUAAAUCCACUUGAACGUCGAAUACCAGCGACGACAGUUGAAACCAGUACAGCGUCAACAGCAUAAUGCGCCACUCUGCCCAGAACCAUACUAAUGUUUGUUCAGUUUUAUUGGUGCAGUGAUGCGGACAAGUCUGAGUCGCAGGGAGUUGUCGUAUGAGUAUGUUAUGAGUAUGUUAUUGGGCCUUUGGCUUCGAAGAUGAGCGUCGGGCUGUGGGACAACGCGUCUUAUCGGCAUCACAAGCCCGAAUAGGAAACCCAAGCGGACUAGAUAAGCGGCAAAGAUAUAACUUGAAGUUUGCUCAAACGCUUACUAUCACGCUCUACCAUGAUUACAGACGCAAUUAUAGUUGGAAGGAAGGUGGUGUUAGUACCAUAUAGCCGCAAACACGUAGAGAUGUAUCACAAGUGGAUGACCGACCCAGUUCUGCAAGCACUCACAGCCAGUGAACCGCUCACAUUAGAGGAAGAAUACGCAAUGCAGAAUAAAUGGCGAGAAGACAAUGACAAACUUACCUUCAUUAUUUUGGCAAACCAACAAGACGUUGAGACCUCGGCCAUGCCAAUGGUUGGUGACGUGAAUCUCUUUCUUAAAGGAGACCCAAACGAUGAAGACUUUGAAGCGGAAGUAGAAAUCAUGAUAGCGGAAGCUGCUUAUCGGCAACAGGGUUUUGCAUGUGAAGCGCUCCAGUUAAUGCUGAGUUUUGCAACAGGCGCAGCAUCCACAUUUUCCUGCUCACCUUUGGCUCCCGAUGUACCGCCUCCGCCCGUCCCAUUACCAAUAAAACCCUCGUUUCUGGUGGUACGGAUAUCUCAAUCCAAUGCACCUAGUAUCGCUUUGUUUAGACGACUCGGUUUUGAAGUUGUCAAAACGGUAGAUGUGUUCCAAGAAGUUGAGAUGCGUUUUGUAAGGGCUCUCGACUGAUCGUUACAUCAGGAUUAUUACAACAGAUUGGAUAUAAAUAUAUGUGUUCGAGGUCGAGUCAGAAAUACGAUUUUACACCAUGCGAAA